GAUUACUACUGCAUCGGCUCGUCUUCUUUGUUCAUAUCCCUUACCCAUCUUUGGCUUUCAGGCCAUCAAGAUGAAUGUGCUAACUGAAAGAAUCAAUCCGGAUCUGGACCAUUCUUUGUUCUAUCAACCUUUGUCUACAUGUCGAACACCUCCCCAUCCGGUGGAUCUCUGGACUGAGUUCUGAAAUACAACCUGGUAAGCAGGUUAUUCUCUGAGAUGGGUAUUAGACUGAUCAAUGAGUUUUUGCUCAUCCUUAAUUCUCAACAAUCAUGGCAGCCCCUGGAGUAGACAACAGCAAUAAUGUCAGAUGGAUGGGUGGCUAUUUCGCUGGUGAAGGAGCCAACGGUACUUGUGGCUACUGGAUCAAGGUCGAUCAAAACGAGAGGAUCAUCGACCGCAUGGUGAUCAAAGAUACAUGGGACACUGCCUCCACCAAGGAGCCACCAGAAUACCAGGGCAUAUACCAGGACCUUGUGAAUAAGGGUCUUGAUGUAAGCGAUUUUCCAGGAGCAGCGCUACCGAGCGAGAGAUUCUACAAAGAGGCGUAUAUCCAAGGACUCUUGACUGACCCAUCUGGCGUCAAUACCGCAUAUACGGUACCGCUGCGUGGUUACAAGAGGUUUGAUGAGACGGAUGAUGCUCGUGGCACUCACUGGAGAAUAUACAUGGAUUACAUGCAAGCAGGCGAUCUUCACGACGUAUUGGUCUAUAACGACUUCCGGGCAGACGUCAAUGGCGUUAACAGGUUCAUAGACAUACCAGUCGCUGAAGCCUUUAUAUGGUGGAUAAUGGAAUGUCUCGCCAACGCAUUAAUCCAGAUGGAAACCGUUGCACGCAAUCGACCUAAUGCGCGUGUCCAACAAGACGAAGCCAUAGUCAUGCUAGACUUGAAGCCUGAAAACAUCCUCUUAGACUCCAUCAGAGGACCACACUAUCCAGUGUAUCCAAAACCCAUGGUCGCCGACUUCGGUUCAGCGAUAAUAACCUAUCUCGAUGAUCCAGACAACGAAGACAAGUCAGCCAGCGAAUCAACCACCGCAGGCUACGAAGCCCCCGAAAUGUUUCAACUCACCGAAGAAGACUUUGGCGACGACUACGACAGAUACAUAGAAGGUCCCGUGCACUCAUACACCAACAUCUGGCAAAUCGGCCGUCUUGUCGAAACCCUGAUGCGACUAGGCAAAAAAGAUCCUGAUGGAACUCUUGCGGCGAAUCCUAUCCAAAUUUCCGCUAUAGCCACGAACUCAAUUACAUCAUCGAUGCAUGUCAAGCCGAAGACCCCAAUGAUCGAUACUCGCCGCAAGAUCUCUUGGAUUAUAUCAACCAUCACGCACCUCUCCACAACAGUGGUAUGAAGGAAUGGGCAACCGAGCCCUGGAUCGCGGCUAGAGAAGCAACAACACCCUUCUUGAACCCAUACGAUCUCGAGCAGAGAAAUCAACGUAUCGAUAGACGUGUCAGGGAAGGGAAAUUGGUCUUCUUGAGGCAUUUCCAGGAUUCGGUCUUGGCAAACAGGUAUUGUUCUUUGGAUGUGGAACUUCCUGAUGGAUGUGAGCUCGCUUACGCAGGGAAAUUUGAUCAAAAUAGAAUUGGCAAUUUCUUCGUAGAGCCACAGCCGCCGCCGCCGCCGCCGCCUCCUCCUCCUCCUCCUCCUCCUCCUCCU